AUGCUAUAUGCUUGGUCCUGUGGUCGUCUUCGUCCAAUGAUUACUAUAAUAGAGAACGUCAUUGGACGUGCCGAUGCAGGCCUUUGGAAGCAAGAAAUCAAGGACCUGGUGUCGUCGCUCACUGAUCCAGGAUAUAAAGAAUCUGAGAACCCGUCUGGACCAGAUAUCGUCUUUGUACUGGAAUCGGAGGGUAAAUACGACCUAUCUGACUCAUCGAGCCUAGAACCACGACUACCUCCAAGGAUCCGCAGGGCGCCGUUUCGGAAGAGUACCAAAGGGAAAUUCGCCAUCAUUAAAUGCGGCUGGGCAAAAGCGGAUGAGGGCGAAGGUGAGGUGAUUAGGAAUGAGGAUGAGGAUGAAGGUGAGACUAAGAAAGGUGAAAAAGAUGGAGCAGGGGCCAAUGGACGCUGUCUCAUAUUCAGUGGCUGUACCGGCGUAGGUGAGGACAAGGACGAGGGAAUUGGAGAUGAUGACGAGGAUGGGACCAAAGAUGAGGGCGAGAAUGUGGCCAUGGUUGCAGCUGGGGACUGGGACAAGGGCCGGGGGCAAGGACUGGAAUCAACGCGUGCUGCAUCCGAUUUGGUAGUUGCGACGAUCGUGCGGGAUCCCUCAUCAAGCGAACGCUGGGUCCUAUAUUUGGAUAUCUUUCACAGAUCUUUUGAUCAUCCUUUAUCAACUGAAACGCUGACUCUUGCAGCUUCUUUCUUUCAUAUUCAUGCCAUCGUCGCCGCUGCUUGA